AUCGAUGCGCUCCGAGGCAACUACUCAGGUCUGGGCGUCAACAGCGCCUGCCUGGACCGCCAUUUUGACAGUGGACGUGUUGAGGGACUGGAUCAGCUGGCGGUGUGGUGACUGGGAUACUUUGCAGAGGGGAAAAGUCUGCGUCCGCCUUCACUAGAAAUGGCCCAUGUGCUCUGUAACAGAGCCAGACUGGUUUCCUAUCUCCCAGGAUUUUGUUCUCUAGUGAAAAGAGUUAUCAAUCCAAGAGCCUUUUCAACUGCAGGAUCGUCAGGUUCCGAUGAGUCUCACCUGGCCACUGCACCUCCAGAUAUAUGCUCUCGGACAGUGUGGCCUGAUGAAACCAUGGGACCCUUUGGACCUCAGGACCAGAGAUUCCAGCUUCCUGGGAAUAUAGGCUUCGAUUGUCACCUCAAUGGGACAGCCUCACAGAAGAAAAGCCAGGCCCAUAAAACCUUGCCUGAUGUUCUAGCAGAGCCUCUUUCAACCGAAAGGCACGAGUUUGUGAUGGCCCAGUAUGUGAAUGAGUUUCAGGAUAGCAAUGCACCUGUUGAGCAAGAGAUCAGCAGUGCAGAAACUUACUUUGAAAGUGCCAGAGUUGAGUGUGCCAUCCAGACGUGUCCCGAACUGCUGCGGAGAGAUUUUGAGUCACUUUUUCCAGAGAUGGCUAAUAGCAAACUGAUGAUUCUGACUGUAACCCAGAAAACUGAACAUGACAUGACUGUCUGGAGUGAAGAGGUAGAAGUUGAGAGAGAGGCGCUCUUGGAGAAGUUCAUUAAUGGUGCUAAGGAAAUUUGCUAUGCUCUUCGGGCUGAAGGAUACUGGGCUGACUUCAUUGACCCGUCGUCUGGUUUGGCAUUUUUUGGACCAUAUACAAACAACACACUUUUUGAAACAGAUGAACGGUACCGGCAUUUAGGAUUCUCUGUUGAUGACCUUGGCUGCUGUAAAGUGAUCCGUCAUAGUCUCUGGGGUACUCAUGUGGUUGUAGGAAGUAUCUUCACUAAUGCAACAGCAGACAGCCAUAUCAUGAGGAAGCUCAGUGGAAACUAGCAGGUGACACUGUGAUAAUUACAGCACUGUCUGUCUGUAACGGAUUGCUCUAUCAUGGACCGCAGCUUCUAGAGGAUUCUUGUUUCUAGGUAUUUAUUUCAUCAUUUAUGGGUUUACAGGGACAGGUGACUUGGGGUUUCAAAAUUGCAAAUGCUAGUUCAUAUUCUGGAGUACAUUGAACACUUCCAUAUUAUGGAAAAUGAGAUCAUCAACUUGUAACCAGGGUAUGUAUGGUCUUUUAGUGUUAAUUCUCCCCUUUAUUGGGAAAAUUUUAAUUAUUUUUUCCAAAAAUAAAUCAUACAUUUGUCUAUGA